GAUUGGAGGAGGGGCCCUUGGCGGAUCUGGCCGGGGAAGGCGGCCGCGAUCAUGGCUGCGGAAGACGAGGACGAGACCCGUCCGAGGGGAGAGGCAGGGAAUGGAAAGGCACCCAGGCAAAAGCAUGUCAAGUUAUCUGCAAGCGAGAGGAACUUUGGUGGGAUACCCGUGGACUGCUGGGCUAGAGGAUUCAUCCCACUGAAGCUGAGUUCUCUACUCGGUUGAGGCGCGUCGUUUUCAAGGCCGAAUGCUGAUCUCGUCCCUCAAGAUGGCCGCCAUCCCGAGCAGCCCGGGUUCGGAGAACGCCAGUGAUGUUUCCGCCGCCUCGCCUCUCCUCCUGGAGGAAAAGCCCAAGCACAAAGGCUUUCUCCAACUCGGCUCCCUCUUCGGGGCCCGCAACGAAAAGUUCGUCAUCGCCCGGAGCGACAGCGUGCCGGAAGAGAACGUUUUGAAAAUCACUAUCACCGAAACCACGGUCAUUGAGUCGGACCUGGGCAUUUGGAAUUCCCACGCCCUGAUCUACCUCACUUUGUGGUUCUUUUUCAGCUUUUGCACCCUUUUUCUUAAUAAGUACAUCCUUUCGCUGCUGGAGGGGGAGCCGAGCAUGCUGGGCGCCGUCCAGAUGCUCUCGACCACAUUCAUCGGGUUCAUCAAGAUGUUCGUCCCCUGCUGCCUAUACCAGCACAAGACGCGCCUCUCUUACCCGCCCAACUUCAUCAUGAUCAUGUUGUUUGUCGGGCUGAUGAGGUUUGCAACCGUGGUCUUGGGCCUGGUCAGUCUGAAGAACGUUGCGGUUUCCUUUGCCGAGACGGUGAAAAGCUCCGCGCCCAUUUUCACCGUCAUCAUGUCUCGCAUGAUAUUAGGAGAAUAUACCGGACUGCUGGUGAACCUCUCUCUGGUUCCCGUCAUGGGAGGUCUCGCCCUGUGCACCGCGACCGAGCUGAGCUUCAACUUCCUCGGCUUCUCGGCGGCUUUGUCUACGAACAUUAUGGACUGCUUGCAAAAUGUUUUCUCCAAAAAACUGCUCAGCGGAGACAAGUACCGCUUCUCCGCCCCAGAGCUUCAGUUCUACACCAGCGCAGCCGCGGUGAUCAUGCUUAUUCCAGCUUGGAUCUUUUUCAUGGAUGUCCCAGUAAUUGGGAAAAGCGGGAAGAGCUUCCAGUACAACCAAGAUGUGGUCGUGCUGCUCCUCAUAGACGGAGCCCUGUUCCAUCUUCAAAGCGUCACAGCCUACGCCUUGAUGGGCAAGAUCUCACCUGUAACUUUCAGCGUCGCCAGCACGGUGAAGCACGCCCUCUCCAUCUGGCUCAGCAUCAUCGUCUUCGGUAACAAGAUCACCAGCCUUUCGGCCAUCGGGACCGUCUUCGUGACGGUCGGGGUUCUGCUAUAUAACAAGGCAAAGCAGCGUCAGCAAGAAGCCAUUCAGAGCCUCGCAGCUGUGUCUUCGCCUCUAGCCACGUCGCAGAAUGGCGCCACGGAGCCGCUAAUUCCCAAGGACCUCAAGCCGUAUGAAUGAGACCAGCCUCUCGCCCUCCGCUGUGCCAGCCUGAGACCCGUUGCGCUCGCAGGGCAGGGGAUGGUUCGCAGUCGAGCAAAACGGGAGGCGGGCCGUUGCAAAGGUCUCUGAGAAGCAGCAGAGUGUUCCGGAUCAGUUGGCCUUGCGUUCGGCUCGUGACUCUUAUAUCAAAACCAAACGCACGCAGGUAAGGAGGCGGCUUCUGGAGUCCAGCCUCUGCCCAAGCAAUGUGAAAUAUGGCGCGUUUCCCCGUCGGCAUGGGUGCAGCGGGCUGGAAACGCCUCCAUUGCAGGGUGUGGACAUCUUUUGCCGAAAUGGAAUUUCAGAAGGCAAAGCGGUGGUUGGUUUUGUCCCGAUUCCCACACCGUGAUAGAGUGUUGACUGGUGGGAGAUGCAAACCAGCAAAGGAGACCCGUUGGGGCUGCCCGGCCCCCUAACCACUAGCCUGCUGCGUGUUGGAUAUGCACCCGUAGACACCCUCAACCUCACAUGCACUCUCGGAUGGGCCAAAUCUAGGAACAGAAGCCACUAUGUAUGUUUAGGGGAAAACCUCCUUUGAUGUUCAGCCAUCGAUGAGAUGACAUCAGCAACUUUGACAGCAAUCCUACGCACACGCACGCACAGUUUAAAUGUCAUUCCCCCCCUGAACUGACAUUUAUAAAGUGUUCUUAGACACAGGCUUGGGCAAUGCUUUGCACCACGGAUUGGGAGGGAGAAGAAUUUGAGCCUUGUUUGUUUUCGUUUUUGAGACUGUACAAGCAGGCAGUAAAUAAGGGACUCCUGGAAACGCAAGUUUCCUGUUUAAUGAAUGUCAACGAGGCGUUCUUCCGGGAAAGGGCCCCGAAACAGAAUCGGAGGAGGGAGAGGCACAAGGGCAGUCUCUCUCUCUCUCUCUCUCUCUCUCUCUCUCUCUCUCUAAAUAUGGCAGAGUUGCGCCUAUCACCUCUUGGGGUUAAGGGGUUAACGCACAAGAUUAUAAAGGCAGGGGGGUGGAGGAAGCAGGGCUCAGCAUUCUGUUCUGAAUUAUGAUGUACAGCUCUGGUCGGCAACUAGCUUGGCCGGAAAGCUGCUUUGAGAAGGGAGUGAGUUUGGGCAGGGCAGAGCUCCCCUCUCUUAUCCCUGCCGGCAAACCCCGUUAGGAACACAGGGAGCCGCCUUCUUAUACCAGGGCAAGACUAUUUCUCCAUUCAGCCCAGGAUUACUCGCUCUUGGCUGGAAGCGGUUCUCCGGCGUUUCCGGCCCAGCGUUUUUCCUGCUACCUGAACCUUCUGACUGGAGAUGCCAAGGAUGGAACCUGUAGAGAAUAGGCCGCAGUUCAGGUUUGGAGCGAAACCUGAGUUCAUUCACCCGGCGCUGUCUGUUCCUUAUUUAGCACUUCUCCUUUCGUGGGAGGCAAUCUUGUUUAUUUCUCUCUGCCCGUGGUGCACGCGGAUCUGGAUUCAGUGAGGGUUGAUGUGUUGGGAAUAUCCCUGAUAUGGGGAAAGGGCGGAAGCGACUUGAUGGGAGGGACCAGAGUUAGAACUGCACUGAAUGGACAAAAGGUGAGAGCCACACAGCCAGGGGUCUGAGCCCACAAAUUAGCAGUCGCAUUGGCAGACUUAAUAGAGUCACCUUUACAAGGCUUGCUAACCCCACACACUGCUUUGUAUCUCGGUGAAUUUCAGCAGGUUUCCGUGCUUUGUAAAAGAAAAGGGGGGAAAAAGCAGCCCACCACAUCGCUUGGGCUGCCGCCUCACCUGAUGAAUUGCAUCUUAAGUGUCUUCAUCAUCAAGCACAAUCCUGGGCGUAUCUACCUAGAAGUAAGCCCCAUUGAGUUCAAUAGGGUUUACUCCAAGGGAAGUAGGACUUGGAUUGCAGCUUAAAUCCACAUACAUUUGCCUACGAAUGAAAUGAAAUGAAAUGGUGGACAGGGCAGGGAAGCAUUCUUCGUUUUGAGGUGACGACUUUGCCUUCCUUAAGAGGCAUUCUCUCCUUGGUGUACAGCGAUGCUUGUUCCAAACUGAUUUUUCUGCGUAAGUACUUCAAUCUCGUUUGUUUGUUUUUAAAUCUGCCUGACUAACGUUUGCGUGCACUUUUUAACGGCCCGGAAGGCUUUCAGAUUGGUUCGACUAAGCCAUCCAUUGACCGUAAACGUAUCGGUCCUAAAUCCUCAUAGAGAAACGUGUAUGUUUUUCAGCGUCUCAUCCUCAGAGGGCCAGGCUCGGAAUGAAUGUAGCAGUCCGUAAUGAAAUAAGAUUCUACUAGUUUUAUUUAAAGGAUUUCCGGGUUCUAGUAAAAA